UCCUGCCCGCUGCCCUGCUCGUGAACGCGCCUCGACGCUCUGCGCGCGAGCACCCCUGUUUGUUUGUGUUGAGAGAUUGGAAAUGGCGGAGAGCAGAGACCAAAGCGAUAACUUGGGUUUGCAGAUGCCAGUGCGCCGUCAUUGAAGCACAGAAACCACCCCCAAGUGAUUAUCGGAGUUACGUGUGAUUUGCUGCUGCCUGUGGGACAUAAGUCUGACAAAGCGAGAAGGGAUUUUUGGAGCAAGAUUUGGAUUUAGCAAGCUGGUUAGCUAGCUGAGCUAACACUGCUAGCAGCCUGGCGUUAGCUAGCUUUAAGUCGUGUGUGAUUUUAACCACGCAGGCUUGUUUGUCAACAUAAGCUGGCGUUAAAUUGCUAGCGAGCUAGCUGACAUGCAACUUUUACUCGGUUUCCAAGCUUCCGUUCUUGGGUUUCAGACCUGAUCGCCACAGCUGACCGCAAAAUAAUCAACCCAAAGUAACAUUAACAGUGGUUAAAAAGUCAAGACAUCUGACUUAUUUUUGCUGCCAGCAAGCAGUAAGUUAAGCUGGUUGGCUAAGUUGGCAAACUGGCUUGUUUUGGGCACUAUUUAAGGUGCCGUUUGCAUGGGAAUGACUCACCCAGAGUGACAACCUAAAGCAAGAACCGUUGACAAGAUCACUAUUUACAAGUUUAACGGACGACAAAACAGUCAGAGGCUGUCCGGCUUCUCCCUGCACCUGGGAUGAUGCCAUGUAAAGGAGUGACCGUGGAGCUAUAACCCCACCAGCACUGCUCCAUCAUUUCGACUCUGAGGUGUUUGCCUACACCCCCAGCCUCCGCUUCCUCCCUUUAUCUUUGCUCUGAGCCCUGGACAAGGCCAGCACAGCCACCACAUGACUCGCCCACUGGAGCCCUAGAUCAAUCAGUUAAAGCUGAAAAUGAGUGCACUAGGGGAAAGCCCCCUGGAUCCUGCCACGCCAGAGUCGCGCAAGAGGAAGGGCUCGCCAUGCAACACGUCAGGGCAAAGUCUGGAGAAGCGGAGACGGGAGCUGGAGCGCCGAUACAUCGAGGAGCUGGCUGAGCUGCUGUCGUCCAAUAUGGCCAACAUUGCCAGUGUCAGCAUCAAACCUGAUAAGUGCCACAUCCUCAAGAGCACUGUGGACCAAAUCCAGCAGAUCAAACGGUGCGAGCAGGAGAAAGCAGCUCUUCUGUCUCCAGAUGAAGAGGUGCAGAAGAGCGACAUCUCCUCUAAUAGCCAGGGGCUGGUGGAGAAAGAGGCCCUGGGGCCCAUGCUGCUAGAGGCCCUUGAUGGGUUUUUCUUUGUCGUCAAUUGGGAGGGCCGCAUCGUCUUUGUCUCUGAGAACGUGACAAGUUACCUCGGAUACACCCAGGAGGAGCUGAUGACCUCAAGUGUUUACAGCAUCCUCCAUGUGGGAGACCACAAUGAAUUUGUACGCAAUCUGCUGCCCAGAAGCCUGGUAAAUGGUGUUCCAUGGCCACAGGAACCUGGCCGAAGGAACAGCCACACCUUUAAUUGCCGCAUGCUCAAGAGGCCGCCAGACGAGGUGGAUUCAGAAAAUCUGGAAGCUCGGCAGCAGUAUGAGAUCAUGCAGUGUUUCACCGUGUCCCAGCCACGGGCAGUGCAGGACGAGGGAGAUGACCUGCAGAGCUGCCUGAUCUGUAUUGCUUGUCGGAUACCUCGCACCCAGCCUGUCGGCACCGAGUCUUUCAUCACAAAGCAGGACCCCACAGGGAAGAUCAUCUCCAUAGAAACCAGUGCUUUGCGAGCGACAGGCCGGCCUGGCUGGGAGGACCUGGUCAGGAAGUGCAUCUAUGCUUUCUUUCAGCCCCAGGGCAAAGAGCCUUCCCACGCCAAGAAGCUGCUGCAUGAGGUGAUGAUCCAUGGCACUGCUAUCAGCCCGCUGUACCAUUUCACAUUAAGCGACGGCACCCCGCUCAGCGCUCAGACUCGCUGCAAGUUCUGCUGCCCCCCCAACCCAGACGUACAGCCCUUCAUUAUGGGCAUUCACACUAUCGACAGGGAACACAACACUGCUAGCUCUCAGGAAAACACUAACCCCAGCCUUCCACUGACCCUUGGCAGCCUUGCCCAAACUCCUUCCCGCUCCCCAAACCUUCCUCCUGGCAGCAACUCAACCCAAGGCUCAGCCCUCACUACACCCGGCCUUCACCCCAACAACAGCAAUGCCUCCUCUCACGGUCAUAACCCAGCCACACCCUCAGGCUACCUGACGCCCAAUCGGACAUGUACCCAGCAGGUCAGCAGUCCCUCUUCGUUGAGCAGCCCACUCACAACUACCCCUACCUCUUUUAUGUCACCCAGGAUGCCACGAGCCAGUCCUGGGUUAGGGGGAAGUCCUCGGGUGCCAGGGAACCCCUUCUCUCCCUCCACACCAGGCCUCCAUUCCCCAGCUGGGGCACUGAGCAGUGGAGGCAGCCUCAAUGGGCAGCAGAUUGGCAGUGACAGUAGUGGUGGGUCAACAGGGUCCUUCUCCCUGUCCUCUCCUGGCCCACAGAGACAAGCCAAUACACCCACCAGCUCCUCUACCCGGCCUCCAUCAGCAAAACCCCCAGAAGGAGGAGAAGAAGAGGGAGAGGACUCAGUUAAAGCCUCCCAUCCUUCUUCUUCACAGUUAGGUAACCCCAGACUCAGUCAGCUGCUGGAUAGCACUGGCACAGGAGUUGAACCAGACAACAACAGCAGCAUCUACUGUACCUCAUCACCUCAUCCUCCUAACCCCCCUCUUGCCCCUCAGUGCCCUCCUUCUCACAGUACUCUGACAGAACGACACAAGAUCCUUCAUCGGCUGCUCCAGGACAGUAGUCCCAACGAUGAUUCCGCUGCUACAGAGGAAGUAAGCAAAAACGAAGUUGAGAUCAAGAAGGAGCCCCCUGGCACUCUGGUGCUGACCACAGCACCCUCCAAGUCCUCCUCCAGAGAGCCACAGGACCACCAGUUACUCCGGUUUCUCCUGGAUACAGAUGAGAAGGACUUGGUGGACCUGCCACCUCCAUCUGUUCUCAGCCUGCAGACUGUCAGGGUAAAAGUGGAGAAAAAAGCCAGCAGAGAAGGAAUGACCUGCAUGGGGUGUGCUAUUGCACCAGGCAGUGCAUGCAGGUCCUCAGGAGUUUCCAGCAGCUCAGUUUGCAUCAGCCCCAAGUCCAGUCCUGUAGGAGAGAAUCACCAUGACAGCAGAGACUCUGUGAUGUCUGGUGGCCCUGUUGACAUGGACCCUCUCACCCAGCUGCUUCCUGGCCUCAGAGGCCCGAGUGGGGCCAAACAAGGCAAUGAGGACCCAACAACCCCCGGAGGAGGCCUCCAGCUCCACUCUCCGGCUUCCCAGCUCCCGGCUCAACUCCAGUCCCCUGUGCCUCAGCUUCAAUCCCCUCUAUCCCAGUCCCUUCCCCAGUUGCAGUCCCCAUCACCCCAGCUCCACUCCCCUUCCCCCCAGCUCAAACUGCAGUCACCCACUCAGCUCCAGCCCGGUGAGGCCAGCACUCCCCGAAAUGUAAAUGUGAAGAGAGAGCCUCCUGGCACUCCUAACAGAGGGCUCAGUGAUGGCAGCCUGCCCUCUGGCUGCAGCCUCCAGAGUCAGUCAGCAUUUGAUUUCUGCAGUCCCCCUACUCCAAACCAGGCCCAGGGACAGGGGGACACCUUCCAAACCCCCAAAGACAGCAGCCCUUUUCAAGAGGCAGAAGUUAUCAGCCCAUUCAGUUCAAGCACUGGCCUAGCCAAGAUGGAGGUGGGAGAUGCCCAGUUCCAGCCACUGCCUAUGUCUGACAGCUUGUCUUUUGAUGGGUUUGGAAACCCUCUACAGGCUCCCUUGGCAUCACCACAAGAGCAGUGUGUGCCCUGCACACUAGAUGAAGUGCUCGGCCCUCCAACCACACCCGAAGGCCGAAAUGAUGAGAAAGCUCUGCUAGAGCAGCUCAUCUCCUUCCUCAGUGGGACUGAUGAGAGUGAACUGGCUGAGCUGGACAAGGCCCUGGGUAUCGACAAACUGGUACAGGGUGGCUGCUUUGACCCAUUGCCUCAAAACGUCCCAACCCAGCAACAGACUGCCUCCCCAGCCUCUGUGGACCCAAAACUCCCCACCUACCCUUCCCAAUUUACACCAGCUCCACAAGCUCAAUUUCCUACAGAACUGGCCACAGUGGGGCCACAGGUUAUGGGGUUUGGAACCCCUCGAGGGGCUUUUCCCGGUGGCAUGACACGACCACAAGGGACGGGCAUGCAGUUCAGGCUGCCACCCAACCAACUGCGCCUGCAGCUGCAGCAGAGACUGCAGGGCCCACAGCAGCUCCAGAACAGGCUGGCAGGCAUGAAUCCAUUUCCUGCCGGAGCCCAGCAUGCAAAUAUGGGGAUUCGCCAGGGGGUUCAGCAACCUCAAGUUCCCUCACAACAACCUCCACUGAAUGCCCAAAUGCUGGCCCAGCGUCAGAGAGAACUCUACAGCAUCCAGCACCGUCAGCGGCAGCUGUUUCAGCAGAAGGUUAUGCUGAUGAGACAGAACAUGGCAGGCGGUCCGGCUGGAGCUGUGGGGCCCGUUGGAACUGCCAGGGUCCCGAAGGGUCCCCCCACAACGCCUCAGCAACAGUUCAACAUCCCUCCAGGGUACAGCCCGAUGACGGGAAACCCCCCUACCUCACCGAGUCACUUCAGCACCAUGUCUGGGGGCCCUCUGGACAACAAGCUGUCCGUCAGAGUUCCUGUGAAUAACCAGACACUGAUGGGCGGCUUGCAGGGCCAGUUCAGCAGCACCGUGAACUCCUCACUGCAGCAGGGCCUGUUUCAGCAGUUUGGAGGGUCUGCUGUGGUUCAGCAAGACCCAUCUUUCCCUCUUCAGAUGAGCCCAACCAGCCCAUUAUUGUCACCUCAGAACUCAACCUCCCAGAGUCCUCUGCUUCAGCAAGCCCCGCCUCUUGGCUACCAGUCACCAGACAUGAAGAGCUGGCAACAGACAGGCAUGGGCACCAAUAGCCUGUUCAGUCAGUCAGGGCAGAGUGCAGGGCAGCCCUUUGGCCAGCAGGGGGUUUACAACAACAUGAGCAUCACUGUUUCCAUGGCUGGAGGCUCUGGUGGUGUCGGAUCAUUACCUCCCAUGGGGCAGCAGGUUGGCAUGAGCAACAGUAACCUCAGCAACGUCAGUUCAGUGUGCAGUGACCAGCAGGUACAGCAGGUUCAGGUUUUUGCGGACGUCCAGUGCACAGUGAACCUGGUUGGCAGUGACUCCUACCUGAACCAGGGCUCCAUUGGAGCUGCAGCUUCCCAGAAGGGCCCCGGUCCACAGGGCUCCCAGAACAACCAGGCGCAGCAGAAGAGCCUCCUCCAGCAGCUGCUCACUGAGUGACACCUCUCACCCCUCCAGCUCUCCUACUCCCUCUGCUUCUCACUUGUAUGCCUCCUCCUCAGAGGUCGGUGCACCAGACCCAUUGCUGUCUCUGUCUCACCUUUGGAUAGAUGGAUGAUUGAAUGAACACAGAGUAGGCUCGGAGAGCUCUGUCUGUCGGUGGGGUCACACAGCCUAACCACUUCUGUGUGGGGGGAUCGGGACUGGUUGUUUUACCGCCAAGUACUUAAAGAAAAGAUUGAAGUCAGAAGGAACAGCAGUGUAUUUAAACCUGCCUGUCUAAUCUGUCUGACAACCUGUCUGUCUGCCUCAGCCUAUUAAAGGCAGUGUUGUCUUGCUGCUCAUUCCUUGGUGACCUACUUCCUGCUUCCUGCAAACAACUGCAACAUCAUCGUAGAUUUGCCAAGUUGUCGUCACUGUCAAAUCAGGGCUGGCCUCCUUUUGUUUUUUGUUUUUUUUCCUGAUCGGAUGUUUUCUGUCAGGCCAUCGCAGCAGUGCAUCUUGGGAGCAUGAGUCAGGGUGUACAGCUGCGCUCAGUGUUUAAAGUGUGGGAUUAUCCCGCACAGCAACACCUCUGGCUUUUUAUUUUUGUUUGUUUUCCUCUACCUGUCUCAGCGAUGUGGGAAUGUUAAGGUUUCUGUGGCAUUGUGGGAUAGGGGCUCAGGAUCAGCUGGCUCUGUGACUGUCUCUCUCUAUCAGCUGCAGUGCCUGGUGGAAGUUUGAGUUUUUCCCAAGCUCUGCUUCUUCUUCUUCUCCAUAUUAUUCUUUUAUGUCUUCUGUUUUAGUUUACGUUUUUGUUUUGGUUGAAUUGUUAAAGAAAAUCUUCUGCUCUCACUCAUCAUCAUCAUCAUCAUCAUCAUGAUUAUCAGAACAAGCUUUUUCAACAGCCAGGAUGGAUGGAUGGAUGGAUGGAUGGGAGACAGACGGGAUGCUGCUCAGUUUGGAACUUACAUGUCUUUCUCCCCUGGGAGGAGGUUAUAGUUUUAUUAUUUUCAAAGUAUAAAAUAGACUGUUAUGAUUAUUUAACUGUUUGUCCGUCACAUUUUACCCCUCACCUCAGCAGCUGUGAAUACAGAGCCCUGUUGGGUUCUUCUUCUCUCUCUCUUUCUGUGUAUCUUUCUUGCUAUCUCCCGGCCUAUCAGUGUUGUUUGCCACGUGCACCAUGCAGGCGGCUAGUAUUGUACAGUACAGAAGGACAAAGACCUGGGGGUGUAGCUCACUCCUCUCUUGUAAUUGCUUUCCAUUAAAAAGUGUAAUUCAUUGAUUACUCAGAGCAGAAAAACUAUAUACAAUGUGAUUUGAUCCCGUUUUUUUUUUUUUAGUUUUCUUAAAAAAAAAAAAAAAAAUUGGGUAAUCUCAGCUCUGUUAUUUUUUGGCAUCAUGAUAUUGCAAUACAGCUGAAUGUUGCAGUGGAGGAGGAAGUUAUUCCAUCUUCUAAAAUGUGAAAAGAAAUUUUAAGCAGUUCAAAUAUAGCUAGAUCUCACUCUCUGCGAUGUCCCGUUCAGCGCGCCACAAGAAGCCGCACUUUGUGGGGAAAAAGGGUUGGAUUGCUUCGCUUUCUCUUGUGGUAACCAGGGAGCUAGUUGGCCACCGUUUCUUGCUUUUUCCUCUUUUUUUUAUUCUUAUGUAUGUACAAUACUUUUGAGAAAACAUUUAAAAGAGUACAUUGUGUUGUGUAACCAUUGUAUAAAAAAAGUAUAAUAAUACCUUAAACCUUGUUCUUUGCUGUGAUUAUGCAUCAACGUUGUGUCCAUAGUCGCAUCAAACGACACGAUUUUGGAUAUUGUUCCUAUAUAAUGGCAUUUAAGUAGAAGCUUUAGUAAUAGAAGUUCCUAACAAACGGAUAAUUAAUUUAAAGAUGUCAUGACAAUGAAUCAAAACAGGAUGGGGGUUGAGUCUCAGAAAAUACACCCGGUUAUUUUCCUUUUGUUUUCUCCUCGCCUCCUGCGAGUCUGUAUGAUCAGUGUUGUUCUCACCGAGGGCUUUUUUUUGGGAUUCAACCUUCUUUUUCCCACCGCUUCUGGUUCCCGGAUGAAGACUUCACUCCAGUGACUACACACACAGUCAGUUUUCUGUCGACUACUGUUGCUCAGUCAGACACUGUCUCUCUCAGCGAUAACAGACCUCUGUAAACAGCAACAUCCACUCUUUUCACCUUUACACCUUAGAGAAAGUAAAACCCUGCCGAGACGUUGCCUCUAAAUAUUCUUUACAUGGUUAAAUUAAUGUGAAGAGACACGUAUGCUCUUUAUAUCAUGCAUAAAUUGGGAUAUGUUCAGGGCACGGUUGGUUCCAGGUGUUGGAUGCGAGGCUACAUCUGGCCUUCUUUACACAGGACCGGUUCUAUCAGGGGACAGCCACUGGUUUGUAAUGACCACAAAGGUCCUCAGCAGUUUUCCUCCAGUCAGAUCUGCUGUGUCUGUACUCCAGCACAAAACCAGACGUUCCCUGAUUGAACGGAUCCUGUGAGUCUUUGUUUUCAAUUCACUGUUACAGUUUUUUUUUUGUUUGUUUUUUUUAUAUCUUUCUUCUGUCAAGAAAAACUUGGAGUGGAAUCUGUGGAGAGGGUUUUGCACACAGCGCAGACCUCACAUUCAGGUAUUAGGGCAUUUCAUCGCCCCCUGUAAAAUGAGUGUCACAACUACCUAAUCGGUCACUCACUUUAGGUCAACAGCAUACAGUCAGAUGCUACUUCAGUGGAAUAGGGCUUUCCUGUGUACUGUUUUUACAGUGAGACCUCACCUUAUGCAACAUUACCCACAUUUAGAGGGAGAGUAUGCAAGGUCAACAUUCCACCCACCAAAUCUUCCAGUGUUGUGUGAUGUGAAAUCCAAACAGUGGCCCGGGAGCGUGCACAGCCUUUAACAGAUUUAACUUGAAAUGCAAAAAGCCUCCUGGACUCAAACAGAUAUUCAAAAAUCAUUUUCCAAGAAUCUGACAUUAGAAAAGCAUGUGGAUAGCGUCGAUAAAGGUCCACAUUGGGUUAGUUUGUUUUCUGCAGCCUACUGAUGUACUCAUGUAUAUCACCUGCCUAACACGGUUUUCAAGAUAUCAUUUUGAUUCAACGUUGCAGUUUAUAAAGCACUUACAAAGCUUAAAGCAGAUUAUUUUUAAAAAGUCCAUCGGUUUUCCAGAGCCGCACACAGUUCAGAACCAAAAUAUAUUCAGUUUACAGCUGGUAUAUUGAACAGCGAAUCUUCAGUGUAGAAGCUGGAACCACCCAUUGUUGCUUUUGUUUACUCGAUAAACAAUGUAAACUAUUUAUUGAUUAUCAAAAUAGUCACCGAUUUACAGGUCUAGCGAGGUCCACAGAGGUAGACACCUCAGCCCUCAAAUUUAAGUAAAAUGUUCUGCUUUCUCAGUUUAAAACCUCCUGAACUGAGACAUUUCACUGCUGCACAAAUUCUGGGUAACUCAGUGAAAAGAUAAACGGUAGAGGACGGGAGUGCUGUAGUAAAACCGGUCGAAUUAGCUGUUUAAAAGCAGCUUUAGCAAAGGGAAGCGAGUGAGUCCUCAGACAAGGUUUCCCUUCCACUUUCAGCUUCUGAUGUUUCAUACAAAUGAGUGUUCACCUGUUCCACAGCGGAUUGACACCUGGGACAGAGCUGGGAAGAAAAAGCCAGUUGGUAUUGUUGCAAAGUCAAAUUUGUUGAGGCCUUUUAAUAUCUGCACUUACAUUCUUGUCCAUGCUGCACUUAACUAUUGAUAAAGAAGGAGAAGUAUUUGACUUAGAGGAUGAAAGCACUUCAUGUUUUACCAUGUUGUUCUGUUUUAUGGAGAUGUCCUGCUGGACGCAGGACAUUUGACCAUGUGCCCAUCCCGUGCCACUGUCUGAGACAGAAGCUGCACAACGUGUUUUUGUCAGCUCUGAAGAUUUCACACAUGCACUACUGACACCCCACUCCCUCCUCUUACUUCUCUGUGUGGAAUAGGCAUUCCUAUGGACGUGGUUUUCCUCUUCAACCCUGCAGAAACUCAGCAGCAGCUUGUCCUGCAGCAAAAACAUGCCAAAUAGAACCAGUACAAAUAUAAAUUUUGUUUAUGCAACAGCCAUUCAGUGGAACUGACGCUCCCUCCCUCCUCACUACAGUUAACAGGUACAUUAGGUUCUUUUAUAACAUUGGUUUCAAGAUGUUAACAUGAUGUAUAUAACAGAAAUGUGAAUAUGUAUUUGUUCAGAAUCAACAGAACAGUAGUGCUCCAAGUUGGUGGUAAAUAACUACUCGCCUCUGUCAUGUUUUUAUUUUGUUUUAAUUUUCUACAUUUUUAUUUUUCUGAAGUUUGUAUGUAUGUAUAUGACUAUCAGUGAAUGCGUAUGUAUGUGUGCAAGCGAUUAAUACUGUAUAUCUGGUGUUCUCGAAGAUGGAAAAGUUGAAGAUGUCCUGGUUUGAUUCUUUUCUUUUACUCUUUAAACCCUACACAGUACCUGUGGGUGUUUCAGAUAACUAUGCCAGAGAAUGGUUUAGCGACUGCUGAAUGUGAUUUUACUGAGAGAGAAGCAGUGUGAACUGGCUUUUUGUACGGGUUAAUUUUUUUAAAAAGGCCAUAUUAUUUAAUUUUCUCUGUUGUCAAAGGUUUAAGCAGAUCUGGGAGAGUGGAGCCUUGGUUUUAUGGAGAAGCAUUGCCCGGUCGGCGUGUACGUGAGUGGGCUUUCUUGUUCUUUUCUGACCGAUGGAGCCUUUUUUCUGUUUUGCAUUUGUCACUAGUAAAUGACCAAAGCUUCAAGAUGUUUGACAGAUAUCAUAUGCAAACCUCAUCAUCACUGGACAAAACGGUGUUAAUGGUUAAUUUCUAGUUUUCUCACAUGACAGUUCUCAGCUUGUGUUCGGCGUUCUGCAUGUUUGUCUCACCUCGCCUGCUGCUUUCUAGACACGAUCUGUCCUUUAAAGUGGCCUCUCAGCAACAAUCUGUGAUGUCCCAGGGUUAGGUCAGCUCAGAGACAUCUCCACUUUGCCAGUGACCCUGAAGUGCUAUUGCUUGCUUGCAGGAAAAAAGAAGACUUGGCAACCCUUAGCUAUGCACCUUACUGAAACAAGCAUUUCCUCACGUAUGUCAAAGUAACACUGGAAUGUCACUAAAUCAUCAAUUUCACAAGCGACUUAAUCUUACACUGACCACAAACAGGCACUUCAGUGGGAGUUUCCCCCUAAACAAGUUUAGUCUGGUGAGUUUAGUACAUCUGAUGACCUUCCUCAGCUUUUAACCUCAUUGUUGGAAAAUAAGCCCUCAUCUUUUUUCCAUUAACAGAAUACUUUAUACCAAACUUGAGGUGCCUCGUGUAUAUAUUUUCUGCAGUAAAGAUUGCUCCUUUGCUGUUUAACAAUAACAACCUUGUUAACCAGGGUUUUUUUUAAACCUUUUUUCACCUUUAUAAAAAAAAGUUUACUGUAUUUUAAAUGACUUUUUUACACAUGUAGAAGAUUAAUCAAAUUAUUCCAGGAAUUUGCAAAUACAAUCUAAUUUUGCACUUUAUAAAAGGCCAUGAGAAUCUGUUUCAAUCAGAUCUAACUUAGCGAUAGAACAAGUAAUGUCUCCUGAAUGUACCAAGAAAACAUUAUACUAGUUUAAUUGAUUUAAAAUGAUUGAAUUACUCAGGUUCUUUAUGAAGAACCAGACCGUAGUGGAUUCCCGGAAUCCAAAUGGAGACGAAAAAUUGUAUCCGCUCUACCUUCUUGGUACCGUAGUCUUCUCUCUGCCUCUUUCUUUCUCUGCGAUCCUCAGUGUAAAUACUAUGUCGAUCUUCUUCAGGUGACGUCCCUCCCCUCCUCUCCCUCCUCUCUGCGCUGUCGGCUGACACCAAGUAAACUGUUACAAACCUCCUCCAGCUUCAAUCUCAGAACAUUGCUGCUCACAACACAGUUUCAGCAGCUGUCACCACGUUGCUCUGCAGCUCCCGGUGUUCAUUUUCCUCCCCUGCAGCUUUGAACGGGUUUUUCCUUAAACCAAGGUGGACGCUCGCUUUUUAUUAGUAAAAAAUCAAAAGUCUGGUUGUUUGAGACUUAACCUCUGCUAUUUAGCAACAACGGUGCACUGACAUGAAUGACAACACACUAACUGUGCUGCUCGUCUUCUCUGUUUUCCUUGUCUUGUCACACUUUUGUGCUGCCUGAUGUAGAAUAGUUAGCGGUGUGCCUGAUACCGGGAUCGGGCUAAUGCCUGGUGUAGGUAAUCAUAUUUAGUGAAAGGGAAAUUCAUAAAAAAAAAUCACUUAUUCCAAAAAGUAAAAGAGGAUACAGGUCAUAGUCAAAAAGAUGACUCAUUCUCACUCGUCAUUGGUCCAAAAUGGUAUUUGUGCACCGCUAAGACCCACUCAUUCCUAAAGCAGGUGUUCAAAUCUGUUACCACAACGUCAGUUGGUCAGGUAUUGUAAGCACGGCCUUAUUGGGACUGAAGUCGAACAUGGUUCAGAGAUUUAAUGGAAGGUGUAUCAUGGACUCACCACUUUGUGUGGUUACGGUGGCAGUAAUGCUUUCUCUAGAGCAUUUUAGAGGAAGACCAAGGUUCCACUUUCUCCCAUGUACAAAUUAAUAUAAAUAAAUAUCUAAAUAUAUAUUAUACAUUUUAUUCAUUUUUGUCCGGUUUUGUAUAUUACACAUGUAAAGUUUGUUUUUAAAGAGGCAUCGGAGCAGCUAUUACAAGACAAUAUGAGUGACAAUGUUCAUCUGGGAGAAUUUUAUGCAUGUUAUAUUUUCUCUUUUUCUCUCUGUCUCUUUUCAAAAAACUCCUAAUCCCCCUGAUCAGGUGUGUAAACGUGAAUAUAAACAAAUCUGCUUUUCUUUGGAAUGUUGUAGACAAUCAGUCUCAGGCCGGGUCCAGUCCCUGCAGGGAGCGAGAGCCCUGUAGGCUGACAGACAAACAAAACUCUUUUUCUUUGACAAUUAAAAACUCUUAUUUGCAUCUA